UAUAAACGUCAUUUUUCAAUGGUUGAGUGACGUGAUUUAUAGAUUGGAUUGAAAAUUUCUAAAAUUCAACUUCUUUUUACAAUAAAAUUAAAUGGUGAAUUGAGUUUUACUCGCCUUUGUAAUUGUUUAUUUAACUAUAGUAUACUACAAUGUCCAGUGGUCAUAAGCACCGUUACAAGAAUGCUGGGUUGAGUGCUGAUGAGCUCCGACGUCGACGGGAAGAAGAAGGUGUACAGUUAAGGAAACAAAAAAGGGAGCAGCAACUUUUUAAACGUAGAAAUGUUAAUUUGCCCGGACCAGAUGCACCUGAUAUACCAUUGCAGGAUGAUGUUGGAAUAUUACCUACAGAAGAUAUAACACCAGCUAUGAUAGCAGCCCUAUAUGGAGACAACCCACAGGAACAAGUUAUGGCAACACAAAAAUUUAGAAAACUUCUAAGUCGAGAACCAAAUCCACUCAUAGAUGAAGUCAUCCGAACUGGAAUAGUACCAAAAUUUGUUGAAUUUUUAACAAAUACUACUAAUCCCACAUUACAGUUUGAAGCUGCGUGGGCGUUAACCAACAUAGCUUCGGGGACGUCGGAGCAGACGCGAGUAGUGGUCGAGUGCGGGGCGGUGGGCGUGCUUGUUGCGCUAGUGGGCGGGGCCAGUGACGACGUUCGCGAGCAGGCGGUUUGGGCGCUCGGCAACAUCGCCGGGGAUUCCCCGCGAUUCCGCGAUGCUGUUCUCGCCGCUGGUGUGCUGCCACCGCUGCUCGAAAUAUUCAAUAAACCGGCGAGGUUAUCCAUAACAAAAAAUGCAGUAUGGACACUGUCAAAUCUGUGUAGGGGCAAAAAUCCACCCACAAAUUUUGAAGCUGUGGCACCAGGUAUACCGGUUCUAGCAAGAUUAUUACACCACACUGAUGCAGAUCUACUGAGCGAUGCUUGCUGGGCUCUGUCAUAUCUGUCAGACGGACCCAACGAGAAGAUCCAAGCGGUCAUAGACGCUGGCGUUUGUAGGCGGCUUGUCGAGUUGCUAUCGCACAGCAAAUACAGCGUGGUGUCGGCGGCGCUGCGGGCGGUGGGCAACAUAGUGACGGGCAACGACGCCCAGACGCAGGCGGUAUUGAACUGCACGCCGCUGCCAGCGCUGCGGGCGCUGCUCGCGUCGCCCACUGAGGCGCUGCGCAAGGAGGCCUGCUGGACGCUGUCCAACGUCACCGCCGGCAACGCCGUACAGAUACAGGCAGUAAUCGACGCCGACAUAUUCCCGAGGUUAAUAGAUAUACUGAGGCACGCGGAAUUCAAGACGAGGAAAGAGGCGGCGUGGGCGAUCACGAACGCGACUAGCGGCGGCACGCACGCGCAAAUUGGUUAUCUAGUGAAGCAGGGUUGUAUAUUGGCGCUGUGCGACCUGCUGACGCUGACCGACACUAAGACGGUGCAGGUGGCGCUGAACGGCCUCGACAAUAUACUGAAGGCGGGACAGCAGACACCAGGCGUUAACCCCUACGCCGCACUCAUUGAGGAGUGCUUCGGUUUGGACAAGAUAGAGUUUCUCCAGUCGCACGAGAAUGUAGACAUAUACCAGAAGUCGUUCGAAAUAAUAGAGAACUUCUUCAGCCUUGAGAGUGAGGACAGCCGGCUCGCGCCCGAAGUGUCGUCCACCACCGACCAGUACGAGUUCAACGCUGACCAAUCUGUGCCUAUGGGUGGUUACCAGUUUUAAAUCAAGUCGCAGAAAUGCUUAAUUAACAUGAAUUGUCUGCUGUAUGAAAUUUGAAAGUUUAAAUUGACUGCGACAGAGAAAGCAAUCUACACCAACUAAGUGUAAUUAUAAUAAUUUGCACUAAUACUGUAGUAUUGUAGAUCUAUUAAUUUAUAUUUAAAAUGAUUAACGUGUAACCUCGCCUAUUAUUUUUGCUAUUAUAGAUAAUGGUGGAGUUAUUUUAUGUUAUACAUAUACAAAAAUUUGUUGGCUGACUAUAAGUCUUCGUUACAAUUCCUUUGUAUGUUGUUAUGUGAUAUAAUUUUUUUUUUGCGUAUAUACUAAAAUAAAGAUUGGUACCAACAUA